GAAAUGAUGUUUUGUAUCGAGUAAUAUAAAAUGAUUUUGAGUUAAGCAUAUAAUUAUCUGUAUAAAAAGUUGAACAUUUUGAUUAUAAUAAUUUUCAGAGCGUGACAUUCACGUACUAAAUGCGCGUAGGAUACGACGACUCUUUGUAGUUUACAGAAGAUCAAACAGUAAGUUUUUUUGUUUUUGACAUGAUCAAACAGUAAGUUUAUGUCAUUGAAGUAGGAUUUUCAGCGUUGACCCCGUCUAAAAAGCGUACGAAGAUGAUGAUGAAAGGGAUUUCACUUUCUCAAUCGAAUCAUUUCCAUCCGAACAUCGAAUGCAGUCGAGCGAAGCUUCCGAUCAACACUGUGAAUCCAACCCCAUCUCGAUUUUCCCGCCCUGUUUCCUCCAGGAGAUCCUUCCGUGUUCUCUCGCUCUCCGUCGACCCAUCGGUAAAUCGGAGUGCCAAAUUGACCGCGGAAGCCCACGCGCCGCCGCUGGUGGUUGUGGGAUCUGCGAACGCCGACAUAUAUGUGGAGAUCGAUAGACUGCCCAAGGAAGGGGAAACGAUUUCGGCCAAGACAGGGCAAACGCUCGCCGGCGGGAAAGGCGCGAACCAGGCUGCGUGCGGCGCGAAGCUGCUAUACCCGACCUAUUUUGUGGGUCGUUUCGGAGAGGACGCGCACGGGAAGCUGAUCGCGGACGCGUUGGGCGAUGGAUCCGAUGGGUGUGGAGUCCACUUGGAUCACGUUAAAUCGGUGAAGGACGAGCCGACGGGACACGCGGUGGUGAUGCUGCAAUCGGACGGUCAGAACUCGAUCAUCAUCGUCGGUGGGGCUAACAUGAGAGGCUGGCCGGAUAAGAUGAGCGACGAUGACCUCGAGGUCGUGAGAAACGCUGGUAUUGUGCUGCUGCAAAGGGAAAUCCCAGAUUCCAUCAAUAUUCAAGUUGCCAAGGCAGUGAAGAAAGCAGGAGUUCCGGUCAUCCUUGACGUGGGAGGAAUGGAUACACCAAUCCCAAAUGAGCUAUUGGAUUCUAUUGACAUCUUGAGCCCUAACGAAACUGAGCUCAGCCGCUUGACCGGAAUGCCCACUGAAACUUUUCAACAGAUCAGCGAGGCUGUUGCUAAGUGCCAUAAGUUGGGAGUUAAGCAAGUCCUAGUGAAACUCGGGUCUAAAGGAUCUGCACUAUUCAUAGAAGGAGAAAAACCGAUCCAGCAGUCAGUAAUACCGGCUGCACAAGUAGUCGAUACUACAGGAGCCGGAGAUACGUUCACAGCAGCGUUUGCAGUGGCCAUGGUAGAGGGCAAGUCCCAUGAGGAAUGCUUGAGAUUUGCUGCUGCAGCAGCCUCUCUGUGUGUCCAAGUAAAGGGUGCAAUACCUAGCAUGCCCGAUCGAACAUCGGUCCUGAAGCUUCUUCAAUCUAGUAUCUAAUAGUGACGCUCUUUUCACUCUUGUUAUUCAAUAAAGUGAAGAUCUUCAGAUCACGGGGGAAGAGGUUGAAAGCUCGCGAUAGCACUCAGUGGUUGCAUUAGCUAACUCCACAUCAACGGUUGUGUAAUGUAGUCUCUGUCUCUUUGAACAUCAACUCCUUUGAAGUUUUCUGAAUCUAAUGAGUUGGCUAAUUUCAUCGUUCUCAUAGUUAUCCACACAAUGUGAUUAGAGAUAUAUCAUCAAGAAAACGAAUUACUGCAAACGAUAAGAUCACUUCAGGCAGCUCGGAGGAACCAUCUUGCCACGAGCAGAACCUUGAACGUUCUCACACAAGUCGAUGGCUGGACCUCCAGGGCCACGGUUUGUUAAAUUUAUGUCAAUUAGAUGAAUACCUUUGCAAGGAAAGCUUUUGCUACACUGAAAAUUCACAGCCUCUUUGGUUCCCGACGUUCCCCAAAUGUUCUUAAACGUCACGUUUCUGAUCUGAACGUGAAGCUUACCAAUUUGGCGCAGGGCGGACGGGGACAAUAGUUCUGCUCGAUGUUGAUAGGAUGUUUGACAUCAACCAUCUGGAUAUUCUCGUACCAGAAAUCCGAAACGGUGAGGUCCGCAACCGACGAAUCCCAUGUCUUGAACCUUAUACCGUCGGUUGUUCCGGUAAAAACCGUGUCCCUAACCACAAAACUAUGGAUGCUCUUCUCUUGUUUGAACUUUCCCAAGCUUCCGACACUGAUUCCAUGUCCGGGACCACAAGUGAUGCCAUGGAUAUCGAAAUUAGUGUUACCGGCGAGGAUCGCAAUACAAUCGUCUCCUGUACCGAUGUGACUGUCCCAAAUCUUCAUGUUGCUGGAAAAACCGAUCUUGAUUCCGUCGGUGUUGGGGCUGUUUCCGGGAGCCGUUAUAUUGACGCGGAUGAUGUUGAAGUGAUCGACGGCGAAAAAGCUUAAGUGUUCCCCUUUGCUGUUGAGUGAUUUUAGUCCUCUGAUUGUUGAGUUUCUCACGUAAUCGAAUUUCAUGUUCUGCCAAAAGGGGAUAAAAACAUUAUAAC